GACUUUUCGUCAUCUGUCUGUCAAAAAUUGUCAAUUUAUAUUUAAAAAUGGCGGAGGAUGCAUCAAGCAGUAGCGGUUGCACCGGCAAUUUAGCUGAUAAUUCAAUAAAUCAAGAUGAGUUGAUUAUGAAACAGCAGCGAGAGAUAGAAAAAGAGAUUUCAGAGUCAAUACCGCUAGUCGGAGAGCUGGAGGACAUUACUUCUUUAGAAAAGGAAUAUUUCGAAGACCCAGUCUACCUCUUAAAAGUCAAAGAUCUCACUUCGAAGUACAAACAUAUCCGCAGGACGCGGCCCGAUGGCAACUGUUUCUUCCGAGCAUUCUCCUACGCUUACCUCGAGAACUUACUCACGGACAAGACAGAGUAUGAAAAGUUCUAUGAAAUUGCCAAGAACUCCAAGGACAUCCUUGUAGCAUUGGGCUUCUCCCAGUUUACAGUGGAAGACUUCUAUGAGACUUUUAUGGAGGUGGUGCAGCGGGUCGGCGAACAGGCGGCGGGCGCGGAGGGGGCGCUCCCCGCCGCCCGCGCCGAGCUGCAUGACCGCUUCAACAAGCAGGGCUACUCCGACUACAUCGUGGUGUACCUGCGGCUGGUCACGUCCGGGCAGCUGCAGACGCAGCACGACUUCUACCAAAACUUCAUUGAGGGCCCUCGCACUGUGACUGAGUUCUGUCGGCAGGAGGUAGAGCCAAUGUACAAGGAGUCGGACCACAUCCACAUCAUAGCUCUGAGCAACGCACUGAAUGUGGGAGUGAGGGUCAAGUACAUGGACCGCGGGGAGGGCAGCCAGGUGAUAGCGCACGACUUCCCGGAGGGCGCCAAGCCGCUGGUGCACCUGCUGUACCGGCCCGGCCACUACGACAUCCUCUACGGGUGAUAGGCCGCCGCCUCCAGCUUGUUCGUCUUGAUUAUAACAUUAAUUAUACUUGUACCUA